CUUCCCAGCCUCAAGCCCGGCUGGGCAGAUACUCCUGCAGGCCAUGGUGGCCCUGGACAGCCUGGACAGCAGCCCGGAGACUGGGACCCCGGGAACCGGGAGCAGGCUGCCCCUUCCUGGCUGCCUGCCCUCACUCACAGGCUCCCACGUGAAGCGAUUUUCCGCUUCUAGACGCAAGCAACACUUCAUCAACCAGGCCGUGCGGAAUUCGGACCUAGUGCCCAAGGCCAAGGGACGGAAGAGCCUGCAACGUUUGCAGAACACCCAGUAUCUUCUAACCCUGCUGGAAACAGAUGGGGGCCCAGCAGGGCUGGAGGAUGGGGACCUGACGCCCCCUGCUGCACCCGGCAUCUUCGCAGAGGCCUGCAGCAAUGCCACCUACUUGGAGGUCUGGAAUGAUUUCAUGAACCGCUCUGGGGAGGAGCAGGAGCGGGUACUGCGCUACUUGGAGGACCAGGGCCCCAACAAGGCGCGCAGGCGCGGCCCUGGCCCUGGCCGUGAGGACCGGCGGAGAGAGGACCCAGCAUUCACACCCCAGGAGUGCUUCCAGCGCAUCAGUCGUCGACUGCGGUCCGUGCUCAAGCGCAGCCGUAUCCCCAUGGAGACCCUAGAGUGCUGGGAGGAGCGGCUGCUGGGGUUCUUCUCUGCGUCCCCCCAGGCUGUGUACACGGCCAUGCUGGAUAGCAGCUUUGAGAGACUUCUGCUUCACGCGGUCUGCCAGUACAUGGACCUCAUCUCAGCCAGUGCUAACCUGGAGGGAAGGAGACAGAUGAAGGUCAGCAACCGCCACCUUGACUUCUUGCCUCCAGAGCUGCUCUUGUCUGCCUACCUGGAGCAGCAGUGAUGGCCCCCACAGGGCCUCCACCCACCACCUUGCCCUGUGCCAGACCUCCAACAUCUGCUAAUUAUUUUCCACACUUUUAGAUUUUGAACCCCACUCUUCCCCUUGGGUGUCUCUCUUGCCUCUAUCCCCUCACAGCCUGGCUCUCACAGGGCAGCCCUAUAGCUCCCUACACAGGGACUUGUAUUUGGGGAGUGGGGAAACCUGACUUGCUCAGUUUACCUCUUUAGGCCAGUCUGAAGCUCAGGCGAAGAGAGACAGACUGUUUUUUAAAAUCACUUUUAAUGAAUUUGGCAUGUUUUGUGGUAGAUUUUUUAAAUUUUUUUCUCUUUUGAAAAGGAGAGGGAAACAACCCCAAAAAACACAAAAAACUAAAAACAAAAACAAUUUGCUCUGUUGGUAAAUGGUGGGGGUUUGUUGUAGCCCUUGCCUGACCCCACCCCCACCAGGUUUCAGCUCUGAUGGGGACAAGACUGGUCCCUCUCUAGGAUCCUAUUGCCCCCCCCCCAGGAGCUCUUUGUGUGUGUGUGUGUGUGUGUGUGUGUGUGUGUGUGUGUGUGUGUACACACGGUACGCCAAGUGACCCAAGACAUACUUGUCUCAAGGGCUGAUUUUAUGCUUUUUCAUAAUGUGUGUAUUGUGUCCCCAAACCCUGGGCCGUGCCUGCCUUUCAAAUUGCUUCCUCACUCCCUCUCUUUAUACCGGGGUCCAGGACUUUUGAGCAGAAGCCUCUGACCUCCCCUAAUGUCCUGUCCCCUCUUCUGGCCCUCUAUCUAGCCUGGCUAUGGUCACUUGCAGGGGGUUUGUAUAUUGGGCAGGCUGGGCCUUCCCUCCUGUGUGUGUGGUUCUUUGUGCUUGGAGGAAAUGGGAGCUUUUAAUAAACCCCUGGUGCUCUGGC